UUUAAUAUGUCCACACUUGAGAUUUUGAAUCUGAAUUUCAAAAGUGAUUGGAAGCCUUAUAAACCUUAGAGAAUAAAGGUUGAAAGGUAACAAGCUCAUAGGCUCUAUUCCUCUGUCACUCUCGAAUGCCUCAAGGUUGGAGGUUUUAGAUGUAUCUUACAAUUCUCUUCAAGGAAACAUUCCUGAUGGGAUCGGUAAUCUUCACAACAUGAAAAUUCUAUCCAUACAAGUCAACCAACUUACGGGUUCUAUACCAUUCACGGUUUUCAAUAUUUCUAGGAUCGAAGUCAUUGCCUUUACAGACAAUAGCUUAUCAGGAUAUCUUCCCAAUGGUUUAUGCAAUGGUCUCCCAAUACUCAAAGGGAUUUAUCUAUCCACAAACAAGCUUCGCGGUCAUAUGCCUACAAGCUUAUCGAAUUGUUCACAUCUUCAAAUUCUGUCUUUAUCGGAAAAUGAAUUUGAUGGACCAAUACAUAGUGAAAUUGGAAGAUUGAGCAACUUGCAGUUAUUGUUUGUCGGAGAAAACCAUUUCACUGGGAUAAUUCCACAGGAAAUUGGAAAUCUUGUUAAUUUGGGGGAGUUAUGGAUGGAGAAAAACCAGAUUACUGGCUCUCUCCCAAUCUCCAUAUUCAAUAUCUCAUUGCUGCAAAUUUUGUCACUGUCGUUUAACAAUCUUAGUGGAUUCUUACCACGGGAGAUUGGCAACUUAACCAAAAUGCGACAUCUACGGAUUAAUGGAAAUAAGCUUAUAGGUACAUAUAUAUUCUAAUGGUGUCUCAUGUUAAUUUUUAUAGAUCCAUUAGAACUAUUAACAUUCUAUGAAUUUAUGCAUGUAAUGAGUAAUAAAAUGUAACAAUUAUAAAUUAAUCUUCAAGCGUAUGACAAGAAACACCAUAUAAGGAGUGCCUUUUAAUGUUUAAAAUUAAUUUGUUUUAUAUUUCACUUCAAGGAAACAUUCCAGAAGGGAUUGGAAAUCUUCACAACAUGAAAGUGCAAUCCAUAUAACAUAAUCAGGAAAUCUCCCCAAUAGUUUAUGCAAUGGUCUCAAACGGCUUUAUCUGUCUUAUAACAAGCUUCACAGUCGUAUGCCUACAAGCUUGUCAAAUUGUUCAUAACUUCAAUUAUUGGGUUUAUCAUAUAAUGAGUUUGAUGGACCAAUGCAUAGUGAAAUUGAAAGAUUGAUUAACUUGCAGUUAUUGCAUCUCAGAUAUAACCAUUUCAUUGGUAUAUUUUUUAUCUUAUGAAUGCUUGUAACUGCUGGUAUAAUUUGAGUUAUUGAACUAAUUGAGGUAUCUAAGUUUUGUGGUAUUAGGCAUGGAGAGAAGGCAGAUUAAUGGUUCUGUUCAAAUAUAUUUAUCUCCUAUACGUAUUUUUUCCCUUUAAUAC